UAUGCGUCGACGGCGCUGGUGAGCCGGAAGGGGACGACGUUCGAGCAGAGAGAGAGGGAGAAGAUGAUAAAGAAGGCGUACAAGGAGAGGAUGACGGAGCUGAAGGAGGAGAUUCGGUUGAACAAGGUGGAGAAGAGGAAGAAGAAAGAGGAGAGGGAGAAGAAGAAGCAGGAGAAUAUUAUCAGAUCUGGAACCAAGUUCCAGAAGAUUACAAACCCUAAUACUUUGAAGAAGAUUGCAAAAUCCAAGCAGAGGAAACAGCUUAGGGUUGUUCCCGAUGAAUUGCUUAGGAAAUAGACAGUAAUUUCUUUUUUAAUUUUUCAAUUCGGUUUCUAUAUAUUGCCUUUUAGUGGAUAAUUUUGUAGUAUUGAGAUUUCAAUUGAUGCUUAAUAUACAAGCUCGUUUUGUCGUAAUUGUUAUUUGUUUGCUUUUGAGCUC